AUGGAACGUAUAUCAAUCAUUGACGUAAAAUUCGUCAUGCAACAAAAUGAAGCCGGCAUUUCCACACUGACAACUCCCAUAGAAAAAAGAGUUCAACAACAACAUUGUAAAGCACAAGGGAAACAAGAAGCCCGUAAUAGUGAAGGUGUCAAUUACAAUUCCCACCAAAAUAAUACGGCCAUUACAGGCAAUAUGAAUUCAGCAAAGGCUUCUUAUAUAAAACAACUAUUAUAUGGAAAGAACGUUCAGUACACUAUUAUUAAGGCUGCUGAUAAUGAAGAAAGCAACCCGAACCAAAAACAGAAUAAUCGUGAAGUUUAUUCGGGUUUAAAUUUAGAUUCGAAGCCUAUUUUUCAUACAAACGAAAUCGAUCAAAAAUUGGAUCCGAUUGAAGAACAACAUAAUAAAACAAGAACAACGAUAAGAAGAAUCGAAGAAUUGGCAUCGAACUGUAAUGAAAAUCAAACAAAAAUUUCAAAUUUAGAAAGUAUAUUUGAAAAUCGAAUGAAGUUUGUGAGACAUAUUUCAGAAAAUCCUUUUUAUGUCAAUCAAAAUUUGUCAGAACCAUGGAAAAUAGUAACAAAAAUAAGUGAAAGACUCUUAAAUGAAAUCGCAAUUACAGUAGAAAAGGACAUGAAUUUUGGUGAAAAGCGUUUCAUUGCAGAUUUUCUUCAAAAUGAAGCCCAAUGUUAAGACUUCAAUUUUACAUGAAAUCAGUUGUUGCCCUCACAUUAAUGUCAACUAAUCAAUGGGGAAUUUAAUAUAUUUUUAUACAUAAUUAUAUUACAAAGAAAUAA